AUAUAUAUAAACCUCACAACUCACACCCUCUCAAUCAUGGGUAUUGAUUCAAAUCUUCAAUACGUGAUAGAGUUGUUGUCACCCCUGAAAACCCCACCUCAAAUGCAGUCUUUUAGCGCUUUCCUCCGAGCACCGCCGCAGAAUGAAUCCUCCGAUCACCUUAACCGGAACCCUCCACCGGCGGUGAAGCGAACGGUGAAGAAAACACUGAUCAUCGACGAGUCUUCACUGGAAAACUCUGAUCUGGGUCCGUUUCUUCUGAAGAUGGCCCGAGACACCAUAGCUUCGGGUAAUGAUGACCCGGAAAAGGCAUUGGACUACGCUAUUCGGGCCUCCAUGAAUUUCGAGCGGUGUUCGGGUCCGGGUCUGGAGCUUGCCACGUGUCUGCAUGUUGUGGCGGCGAUUUACAGCGGGUUGGGACGGUUGGGUGAGGCGGUUGAGGCUUUGGAGCGGUCCAUUUUUCUGUUGGAUACUGAAAACGGGUCGGAUCAUGCUAUGGCGAAGUUUUCUGGGUAUAUGCAGCUUGGUGAUACGUAUUCAAUGACUGGAUAUUUGGAUAGAUCCAUUUCGUGUUAUGAGUCGGGUUUGAAGAUCCAAAUUGAGACUCUGGGUAAGUCCGACCCGAGAGUUGCAGAGACUUGCAGGUACUUAGCUGAAGCACAUGUUCAAGCCAUGCAAUUUGAUGAGGCAGAGCACUUCUGCAAGAAAACCCUCGAAAUUCACCGGGAGCAUUGCUCAGCUGCCUCCCUUACAGAAGCUGCUGACCGGCGUCUCAUGGCUCUUAUAUGUGAGGCAAAGGGAGAUUACGAAACUGCACUUGAGCACCUCAUCCUAGCUAGCAUGUCAAUGAUCGCUAACGGGCAAGACACUGAGGUUGCAGAUAUUGACAUCAGCAUUGGAGAUAUUUACUUGUCCCUCUGUCGUUUCGAUGAGGCUGUUUUCGCUUAUCAGAAAGCACUAACAGUGUUCAAGUCCACCAAGGGCGAGAAUUACAAUUCAGUGGCACUAGUCUACAUUCGCCUCGCCGACCUUUACUACAAGACAGGAAAACUACGCGAGUCGAAAUCCUAUUGUGAAAAUGCGUUAAGAAUAUACAGCAAACCCGUGCCUGGAACAACAGCUGGAGAGAUUGCAAGUGGGUUGACUGAAAUCUCAGCUAUCUAUGAAGCUCUAAACGAGCCUGAGGAGGCGCUUAAGCUAUUGCAGAAGGCGGUGAAGUUAUUGGAGGAUAUCCCCGGACAAUAUAGGACGGUGGCGGGUAUAGAAGCUCAAAUGGGAGUGAUGUUCUACAUGGUUGGGAAUUAUAUGGAUUCUUGGAAAUCUUUUGAUAAUGCUAUCUCCAAGCUGAGAGCCAGUGGAGAGAGGAAAUCUGCGUUUUUCGGAGUUGUACUGAACCAGAUGGGGUUGGCAUGCGUGCAACUGUAUAAAAUAGGAGAGGCUGCUACACAUUUUGAGGAAGCAAGAGAGAUAUUGGAGCAGGAGUAUGGAACAUAUCAUUUGGAAACACUUGGUGUGUAUAGCAAUCUUGCAGCUACUUAUGAUGCCAUGGGGAGAGUUGAAGAUGCCAUUGUGAUAUUGGAAUACAUACUCAAGAUGAGAGAAGAAAAGCUUGGAACUGCAAAUCCUGAUGUUGAUGAUGAAAAGAAAAGACUGUUUGAGCUUUUGAAAGAAUCAGGAAGAGUUCGGAAUAGAAAGGGAAAAUCACUAGAAAUCCUCAUAGAUUCCAACACCUUAAAGAUGAAGAAGGAAGCAAAAAGGAGAUGGGCUUCAUUUGGUUUGAAAACUUAGAAGAGGGCCUUGUUCUUCUCUCCUUUACACGAUCUCUUUUGUUUUGCAUUUGGGAGAAUUUGUGAAGGUUUUGGACUGAAGGAGCUUCCUUGUUCCUAUAUAUUUUAACAGUAAUGAUAGUUUCAUAUGAUUUUUGUGACAUAAUUUAAUUUUGAAGAAAAAAGGAGAAAGAUAAGAGAGGAAAUGAGUGCUGAUGAUUAAUAUUUGGAAUUAUGUGAAGGAAAGUCAUGUAAAAGUGAUAUAAUUCAUUUUGUUUCCUUUUUGUUUUGUUGCUUGGUGAUUAAUUAUCUUAUAUAUCAUAUCCUUUACUUGAUUAUGUCGUUAA